GGGGAUUAAGGGGUUAAAAAAAAGCUGGUGGGGGGAUGGGAAAUCACCCAGGCACCAUCUCCCCACUCCACCCACCCUCCCUGAAGCAGGGACUUCCUGUGACAGUUCAUUUCCUGGUUGGAUGGAGCUGGAGCAGAGGGGGGGCUGGAGCAGGCUCAGCCUGUAAUGGUCUCUGGCUAUCAGCUGCUGUUAGCCUCCCUGAGUGGCAAUGGUACCUUAUAACAGUGUUUCAUCCAGGGCUCGUAGAGCGGCUGCAGCAAUGGUAACAUUGUGGCCAAGUUGCUAGCUGGGUAGGUCCAGCCUUUCUGCAGUAAAGGGCUGGGGCAGCCUUCCCCUUAGCUCCUAGGUCUAAAUCUUACAAGCUCUGCCUGCCAGGAGGAGGGGGAAAAUCAUCUGCCCUACUUAAAACAAACAAGCAAAAAUCACCGCUGGGAGUGGAUUAUUUUAAUUGGCUGGAAUCAAGAAGGGGAAAAUAUUGGACCUUGGAAAAUAACAUCGCCUUUGAUUAUAAUACAGUUAUAUCUCUGGGGAGAUGAAGAAGUUUUUUGACUCUCGUCGAGAGCUGGGGGGUUCUGGCCCUGGUUCUGGUACCAGUAGUGGAAGCGGCAGUUCUAGCGGACCAGGGAGUGGGUACAUUGGCAGGGUGUUCCAUAUUGGGAGAUACCAGGUGACGGUGGAUGAAGUGCUGGCUGAAGGCGGAUUUGCUAUCGUGUUUCUGGUGAGGACUAAUAAUGGGAUGAAAUGUGCCCUGAAACGAAUGUACGUCAACAAUGAGCACGAUCUGCAAGUCUGCAAAAGAGAGAUUCAGAUCAUGAGGGAUCUCUCAGGACACAAGAACAUUGUGGGGUACAUUGAUUCUAGUAUAAACUCGGUGAGCAGCGGUGACGUGUGGGAAGUCUUGAUCCUGAUGGACUUCUGCCGAGGAGGCCAGGUGGUGAACCUGAUGAACCAGCGCUUGCAAACGGGAUUCACGGAGAACGAAGUCUUGCAGAUCUUCUGUGACACCUGUGAAGCAGUGGCCAGGUUACACCAGUGUAAAACCCCCAUAGUCCACAGGGAUCUGAAGGUUGAAAAUAUCUUGCUACAUGAUCGUGGCCAUUAUGUCCUGUGUGACUUCGGCAGCGCCACCAACAAAUUCCAGAACCCCCAGAUGGAGGGAGUGAAUGCAGUCGAAGAGGAGAUCAAGAAGUACACCACACUUUCCUAUAGAGCUCCAGAAAUGGUCAAUCUGUAUAGUGGCAAACUUAUUACUACAAAAGCAGAUAUAUGGGCACUUGGUUGUUUACUGUACAAAUUGUGUUACUUCACAUUACCAUUUGGGGAGAGUCAAGUGGCAAUUUGUGAUGGAAACUUCACCAUUCCGGACAACUCUCGCUACUCCCAAGACAUGCAUUGUCUCAUACGGUAUAUGCUUGAACCAGAUCCUGAUAAGAGACCUGAUAUUUACCAAGUUUCCUACUUUGCAUUCAAGUUGACCAAGAGGGAGUGCCCUGUCCCGAAUGUACAGAACUCUCAGAUCCCUGCUAAGCUCCCAGACCCAGUAAAAGCUAGUGAAGCAGCUGCGAAAAAGAGCCAGCCAAAGGCCAGGCUGACUGAUCCCAUUCCUACAAUGGAAACCUCCAUAGCUCCCCGCCAGAGACCUAAAGCAGGACAGACGCAGCCCAACCCUGGAAUUCUGCCUAUUCAGCCAGCCCUCACCCCCAGGAAGAGGCCCAGUGCCCAGGCAGCCGUCCAAGCACAAGGUGCAGGGCCUGCUGCAUUGAGUGGCUCCCAGCCCUCGCUUCCUGCAGGCGUUCAGCAGCCGAAAGCGCCACCCCCGCAAGCCACGUCACAGCCUCCGCCCCAGCCCAAGCAGCCGCCUGCUCCUCAGCCGACCCCAGCCGCCCAGCCGCCAGCCCCUUCUACUCAGCCACAGGCCACACCGCAGCAUCAGCAGCAGCAGCAGCUCUUCCUGAAGCAGCAGCUACUGCAGCAGCAACAGCAGCUGAUGCAAGCCCAGCAGUUCCAAGCCCUGCCGCAGUUCCCAGUGAUGCAGCAGGGAGCGCCGGCGCAGCAGCAGCUCAUGCAGAGCUAUUACCAGCAGCAGCAGCAGCACUUGGGCGCCCAGCAGAAGACCGUGGUGGCGGCAGUUCAGUCAAAGCCGCAGGCUGCAGUCCAACCAGCAGCUGCGCAGGAGCAAGUGAAGCAGGCUCCGAUACGGCAACAGCAAAAGCCUCAAACUACGCCACCGUCCGCUAUCCAGGGCCAAAAGCUGGGCUCCCUCACGCCUCCGUCCUCCCCCAAGACGCAGCGCGCAGGGCACAGGAGGAUUCUGAGCGACGUGACGCACAGCGCUGUGUUCGGGGUCCCGGCCAGCAAGUCCACCCAGCUCCUGCAGGCGGCCGCUGCCGAGGCCAGUCUCAACAAGUCCAAGUCUGCUUCCACAACACCCUCUGGCUCCCCCAGGACCUCACAGCAAAAUGUCUACAACCCACCGGAUGUCUCCACAUGGAACCCCUUCGAUGACGAUAACUUCUCGAAACUCACGGCGGAGGAGCUGCUGAACAAGGACUUCGCAAAACUGAGCGACGGUAAACCUCCAGAGAAGCUUAGCAGCUCCACAGAGAACUUGAUUCCAGGCUUCCAGGCAGCUCCAUCGACCACACAGGCAGAUGCUUUCAGUUCCUCCUCCUUUGCAGCUGGAUCAGCUGAAAAAACAAAAGACAUUCUGAGUCUGGACACUAACCCUCCACUUCUGACUGUGCCUGAUCCUUUCAUUCCUCUUCCGUUAUCCGACACACCAGAAAAACUGAUUGAGGGUCUCAAGUCUCCUGAGACUGCGCUUCUGCUCCCCGAUAUCCUGCCUCUCGCUGACCCCUUCGGUUGCACCUCUGAUGCGGUGAAUGGAAAAGAUGACAUAGCUGUUGAGAGUCUCAUACCUGGCCUGGAGGCUUUGCUGCCCCAGCAUCUGGCCUCCCAGACCGACUCAGUUGCUUCCAACAGAACAGACUCUCUCACUGGGGAAGAUUCUCUACUUGACUGCUCUCUACUUUCCAACCCCGCUGCUGAUCUCUUGGAUGAAUUUGCUCCUCUAGCUAUUUCUGCUCCGGCUCACAAAGAAGAUACUAAUCUGAUAUCAGGCUUUGAUGUUCCUGAAGGCCCUGAAAAGGUGGCAGAAGAUGAAUUUGACCCCAUCCCAGUGUUGAUAUCCAAAAAUUCACAAGGUUUGCAGAGGGAACAAGCUGCAUAUCCUGUUGCAACCAGUGAGCACAAGAAGUUACCUGGUGCUAGCGAUGGACUUCCUCAGUACAAAAGCCAGCCUGAGAUGUUUGAAGUGAAAACUCAGCACAAUUCAGAAUCUGAUUACUUUGCGAGAGAGGAGCCUUCAAGCAACAGUUCCUCCCACAGCAGUGAGGGAGAGGGGACUGACCAUGAGGUAGACAUCUUGGAUUGUAGUGGGUCCAGGCCUUUACUUAUGGACUCAGAAGAAGAGGAGGAGUCCAGUAAGCUGCAAUCCAGGCUAAAGGAAAGAUUUGUGGCUUCCAAAGAUUCCAAGCCCCAGCCUUCCCAGAGUGAGAUGGGGAAAGUUUUGUUUACAGCCUUUCAGCAGUCCUCGGGAGAGAUUUUCAAUGAGCCAGAUGUCUUUGCCACGGCUCCUUUCCGAAGCUCAAGAAUAGUGCAGGAGGAUUUGGACAUCUUUACCAAAGCUCCCUUUGCUGCCAAAAGCAAUGUGCCUUUCAGGCAGCCAGAAGAGGCAGAUGUAUUCCUGUGCGCUCCCUUCACUAAAAAGAGAAGCGUGGAAGAGUUGACUUCUCAUAACAUUUCUAAGGAGCCUCACACUCCAGCCUCUUUCCUAGGUCAAACUGGUGAUGUCCAACAUGUUGUUAACUCCAAGUUCCAAAACUUAGAUGCGGGAACAUGCGGAUUGUCCAUCUCAUCUAGCGCUCAGUACUCCAGGGUAGGGUUUAUUCAGCCAACCGAGCUUCUGCCUCAUUCCAUUAGACCAGUGGAGACCCAAGAAGGCAUUCCUCUCAAAGAGCAUGCUGGCAUUCCUAAUCAUAGAAACCAAGGACAUACACUCCCCCCUGAAGCCCACUUGGGUUCAGUGGUUAGUAAGCCUUUCCGUCCACAAUCUCUCUCAAAAUAUUCCCGUCACUACAGCCCGGAAGAUGGGCAGGGUAUAGAAGUCCAACCCAUAGCAGCAUAUAAAGUUGUUUCUCAGACCAACAAACAGGCUAUAGCAGGAUCUGUCUCUAUUGCUUCUCUGUCUUCCAGGACUAAAGAGCUACCCGGCAUCGACCCAUUUGCUUCGGCACCCUUUCCUUCCAAAUCAGGAAAGCAAAAGCCUUAACCAGCCUGCUGAGAGAUGGGGGAGCUGCAUCUCUCGUAGGAUCUUCAGGCUCUUAGUUGAAAUGAGCAAUGUAGAGAUUUUUUUUCAUUGUUCAAAACUCCAGUUGCAGUGAUAUUUAGUUGAACCAUUUUAAGUUAUGUUAGAUAGUUUCAGGAUAUUAAAUGCCAGGCGCUCAAGUUUUGUUUUGUUUUUGUUUUGUUCUUCACUUUUUUAGUUGCUAUUUUUCCCCAUUAUGUUUUAGAUUAUCUAAACCAGUAAUGUUCCAUACUUCCUGACUUCAGGGGGUAAAGUGAAUUACCACUGAUACUAGUUAGAAAGCCAGAGUAAAUCAAUCAGGACAAGCUAAUGCUCUGGAGAAGAAAUGAGUGUGAAGUAAAAAGGUUGUCCUGACUUUUUCUUACCAAGGGGGAUUCUGGAAGAGACCAAAGUACAACACUCCCAACUGUUAAUCCAUGUCUUCACAAACCCCAGCAGCUAUAGAUUGGGAAUUUGACGAUAAACUGCGUGUGUGGAUAUAGAUCAUAUGCACACGGGGGGGCAGAGUGUGAAACUAACACAUCUGCCACAAGGUUUUUGCACCCCAGAAGUCCUUUUCAAAUAUAGCAUAGGCCUUGUGCAUAGGCGAUUUUUUUCUCAUGGCAGGUAUAAUACCUGAAAAUGUAUAUAUUUCUGCGGGCCAGAUCCAAAAGCUGUUGAACUCAGUGGAAAGACACCCAUUGCAUUCAAUGAACUUUGGAUCAGCUCUUUGAGAUCGGAUACAUAUGGAUGGAAGUAUCAGCAAAGCAAACUUUCAGAAACAUUCUUCCUGGAAUAUUUUUCUAUCCUCCAGAUAUACCAUGAUCCUACUGUGUUACUGAGGCAGAGGACAGUUGCUUACUAUUUAUAAUAUAAUUUAAAAUGCUAGUGUAUCACUUGAGUUUAGAGGAAAAUAUAGCUGCUUCCUGUCGAAAUUAUUUGCGAUAUUUGUUAUGUUACUAUUGGUGGCUGAGCAGAAUAGAGCUGACCUCCUUAGGAAUUACUAGUUCCAUCCCCCACCCUCUGCCGUCUUUUCAAAAAGGAAGGAAAAAGGCAAGUAACAUGAAUUAAGGAUUCAUAUUUAAUGGGAAGUACCAGGCAGCAAAACGGUCCCUAUCAAACCUGUUGUUUUUCAAACUAUUUCACACCAGAAAACCAUGGUAAAUGUCAGACCAUUUAAUAAAUGACCCAGAGUUUUGCACUGAAAACAAAAGGAAAAUUCUGCCUUUGGUUAUGUUUGCUACAUCUCCUUGAAUUCUCUGGGCUUGCACAAGAGAAUUCAUCCUUGAUGUUUUAAAAGCUUGUAAAUAGAUAGUGUGGAACUGGUCUGAGGCACUGCCAUCUUACAAGAUGAACACACGCACCUAGAAACCAUUAGCUUUAUUGAACAGUAUGUAGUGGGGGUUCUCCCCUGUCGCUCGUGUCAAUUGGGGAGUAACUUGUACAUCCAGUGGCGUCUCAUGGGUAUAAAGCUGGUGUAACAGAGAGUAGAAUUGGACACACGACUUUCCUCAUGGGAAACUGCUUUGCAAAAAUUCAGUUUAUAAUUUUGAGCUGCAAGAUGCUCACAUAACUGUUCAAAGAACAUAAAAGGCACAUUUGAAACUACAGUGUAGAACCCUGGAGAUCUUUGCUCUGCAAAGCAAAACUUGUCCUCCUAGGACUCACUGUUAACAUCACCGCAAGGGAGGAAGAACUAAAACAAACCUAUCUUCCACCAAGUGGGACAGGACUAUGAAACUUCCAUAGCAAGAUGUGAUUCACUAACUCCACUCUUCCUCUUUCUUUGCUCAGCCCAUAUUGCAGUCAGAAUGACAGGAGCCACAUUUAGCUGGAGAGCUGGUAUAGAUCUGACUGUAGUGGGGUUGUAUGAAUGUAACCAAGAGUAAAGAACUAGACCUGAGCAGGAGCACAGGUUGCUGGUGGUUAAUGUCAUGGUUAGCCUAGCUCAGAUUAGAGCCGCUUUUUGAAAAGCCGGGCUACUUCCUGCUUCUGUGUCUGUUGGACUUCAGGUUAGAUUUUGUUGCUGUGUGGUGGCAGAGUGGACCCUGUCAGCCAUCCUAGGAAAUGGAAGUUCUGUAGACACGUUUCUGAGUUUCUCUGAAAUAGCUUUCUCCCACCUGAGGAUAUGGUUUGUAUGUGGGUGGUUUGCUUGGUUGUUUUUAAAGUCGCAAUCCCCUGUUUAUGGUCACUUGUGGUACCUGGAGACAUAACUUAGCCCUAAACUGUUAUCUUCACUUGGAGAGGGAAGGAAGAAAACUAGAUUGCAUGGGACUGAAUCUGGUGCAAAUGAAGAAUCAGUCCAUGGAAGUAAAUAGUUAUACCAGUAUACAUAAGGUGAGAACUGGAUGCAUUACCUCUGAUAACUGCAUUCCCAAACCUAGGUUCUCUUUUUUUUUUUUUUUUUUUAAAUGGGGUGUCAUUUUUUUACUUGAAAAGUUACUACAGAGGUCUGUGGUUCUACUGUCUGUUACUUGGAAUGCUUGACUUUUUAUUUUCUGAAAAAUACUGCUGGAAAAGUAUUAGCAAAUCCUUCUUUGCACUCCUGCUAGGAUCCCAGCUCCUCUCUCACCAGUUGGUGUCUGUAAUGAAGGCCUGAACUACAGGUAAUUCAGGAAGUCCUCUCCCCAGCUGUCCUACACUGCCAGGCAGGGUACAAAGGGAGAAUGGGAAAUGUACAGUAGUUUUGAUAGCCCUGAGUAUUUUCCUCAGUUUCUUUAUUUAGGUUUGUUAUGGAUUGAAUUUCCCAGGCAGGAUGUUGGCAGCUGACAUCUCAUUUCUCAAGCACUUUUUUAUGAAAAGCAAGUUAAAAUUGUGCACAAAAAACUAGCAACCCUGCUAGCAAUCCAAAUAAGUAAUUAGUUCAAUACUGUACGGGAGCACUCUGUUCAAAUAAGUUUAUUUUGCUUAUUGUACCAACUACUGGAAUUUUGGUUAAGAAAAUUCUGAAAAUUGCAUCUAUUAAGCUAUUAAUCUGAUUUUGUUCUAGAUGAACUCAUCUCCCCCUCUUCCCUCACCUCCUAGAUGCCAGCAUGACAACUUGAAUCUAAUCAAUUAAAAAUGCAGUUGUGCUCUCCCUGCAUCAUCUAAAGUGCACUGUUUUUAAUGCACAAGGCAAAAUGUAAGAUGGAGCUUCAGGAUUUUUUAGCAUCCCUGAUUUCAUAAAGCUUUGACUUUACUGCUCACACAACAGAGCUAUACAAUCUAAAUGCAACACUGUCAAUCCCUUUUCUGAAUAUAUGCACAUUUAAAAAAAGUUUUAUUACAUUUCUAUUUCUGCCACUUCCCAGCAGCCAGUAAAAUUGCAGCAAUCGGUUUCAGUUUUGGCUCUGGCCAAAAAUGUUAAGUCCCUUUUUAAAAGCAACCAUGACUCCUUGAACUUCAAGAGGUGUAGGCUCCUAAAUACUUUUGAAAAUAGUGUCCCUUAAGGUCUUGCAAUUGGAUCCAUGCAGACCAUGCCAGUGUGGAAUUGCAUCAAGGUCACUGGUGCAGUAACUCCUACACAAAACAGGGUUUGGUGAACUUCCUAGUUGGACGUAAGCAAUCAACAGCACAUGGAGUUAUCUCUAAGCUCUGCAACUCAGUGGCUGUCACUAUCUGAUGGUCUUUGAAGGAGGAGAAAACUCCCUUCAUGAUAGCAGCAGGAUGAGGGAAAGUCUUCCUCCGAUUCUCCUUCCCUCUCCCCCCCCCACCUUGACAUUAAACACCCUACAAGUGUCAUACCACAGAUCUGACCUGGUUUCUCCUGGUUGUCACCCCACCUCUCCCUCUUCCCAAGUGGACUCAUGCACAGAAAGAAACUCAAAUCUCAUUUCUGCUGUGUAGACAAAUACCAAAGAGUCCUGUGGCCAUCUUAAGCUUCUGUAAUUCUCAACUGAGGAUGUGGUGGCUUCGGUUUCAAGCUUGCUGCUAAUUUAAAUGUUUGGUUAAAACCUUUCCUUUGGAAAGGAUUAAUCAGAACAACUGUGCACACAAAUUCAAGCCAGGCAAUCAGCUCACUUUGAGUCUCUAGCUCCCCUUGUGUUUCUACAAUGAUGACAAGGGAUGCCAGCUGCUUUCGUAUUAGUCUGCAUCUUCUUUGUCUUACUGCUGAAUUGCCAAACUCGUAACUGCAUCUGCUCUCCCUCCCAGCCAGCUCAGUACUAUGUGUGAUAAGUGUUGAGUUUACAAUCUUAUUCUCCUGAAGCCAGUGUGCAAUCAAUCUGCAAUCUACAGUAUGUGCAUGGAGCACAAAGAAGAUCCUAAACUUGCAAGAAACUCAUGUAACCAAUCUCAAAACACUGUAGUGGGGCAGGUUUGCAGCUUCAUUUAAUACUGCAAGUGAUACUGAGUGGACUCUGUAUAACUGUGUGACUUGCAAUCGCUCCAAAGUGGUAAUCAGUUAAAUUAACUCCGCUUCCACCAAAGACUGUCACGUUGGAGAAUUGGUUAUUGUUUUGGGGUUUUAAUGGUAUUAAAUCAAGGCCUUGUUAAGACACCCAAAGACUCCAUAGUAUUUUAUUAUAGGUAUUUUUGCCGUGUAAUCUUAUUCCUCUUUUGAAACACAUUCCUGAAUUAUGAUCAGCUACGGUGAUGGUCUCGCUAAACCAUAGCCUGGGGGUUUUAUGCUGUGUACUAUAAAUACUCUGUUACAAUGAAUCUAGACUUGCCACCUGUGAAACUGGAGAGGUAAUCACUGAUUAUUCCCUCUCCUCUCAAAAAAACAAAAGAAACUAGGAAAAGGGAUUAGUAAUCUUAUGCAGAUGUAGGGAGGACAAGUUUAUGUUCUAGAUGAGAGAGCCUGAUGAAGAAUUAGCCGAUGGAGCUGAAUGGAACAGAUUCCACUAAGCAUUGAGUAAGAUGGUGAAAGGUGCUCUGAAUGUCACAUUCAGAAAAACAGCGGAGUCUUUCUUACAGAACAGCCUGAGCUGGACAUAUCGGCUACCUGGGAAUACAAUCUCUGUGUGCAACUUUAGGUUGUGUAUUGCAAGACCAGAGCGUCAUUCAAAUCCCAUUGUUAUGAGAGUGAAAUCACAAUGGUGUUGGAAAUACUUUUGGCUUGCAGAGUAUCAAUCAUAUUGCACUUCAGGUGUGAUUCAGCAUGUUUCUGAUAAUCUUGAUGAAGAAAUGUGAGAGCUAAAAACUUCUGUACAUUUUUAUUAAACUCUGAAUAAAAUGCACCUUCCCUG